CGAGCUCCAAUGAGAAGGGAAAAUGUACUACAGCAGAAAAUCUCAUUUUCUAACAUCUUUCCAAAAGCUAGCCUUACCACUGCCAACAACUGGAAAGAUCAAAUGGAUGAAGCAAACAAAAUCAUGCCACGUUCCUAGGUACUAGGUGUAAGUACCACUAAGCCUGUAAGCUUGGAAGCUUGCAAGCCUGUGAGGCUGAGCUGGUGAGGUUUUACAGGGCGCAAAGUACAAGGCAUCACUGGACAAGAUAAAAAGAGAUCUGUUAGAUCCACUACUGAAGCCACAGAGAAAGCCACCAGAGGUUGUUACUGCCAGAAAUUGCAGUAUGUUGAGGAGAGAGGGCAAACAGAUAAGGGGGAAACCACACAUCUCCACAGGAAACAGGUUAGUUGUUGGUCUAAUAAGAGGACUUGGUCAAGAUGGAUUCAUUGGAUAAGUUGGAUAGGUCAGUAAAACAUACUGACUUGAGUCCCAUUAGGCGAUCUGGCGGAGAUGCAAGUCUAUGAUUAAGAGCUAGUCUAUUUGUAAGCGAUAGAAUCACAUCAAAUAUGUUGCAAUAUAUUUAUGUUUUAGGUCUUGCCAAGUCACGCACCAGUUACAUCAGUUGAGUUAUGGAGCUUCUUAUUUCAACUUGCUGAUUUGCAGUUACACAACAAGGUUGUUGUCUGUUACAUUCUGCUAUAAAGCCAUGCUAUGAAAGGUGUCUCUAAAGAGAGGUACACAGUUUGUUGGCUUUGCAACUAAUGGUACAGCUACACUCCUGUGUAAAAAGCCCUAACAUGACUGCCGUUCAAUGCAUUCAUCACAAAUUAGACCCUGCAGUCGAUGCUGUAAAACAUGCUCGAGAAGCCAUUUUUACAUAUUUGCUGAUGAAACUCAGAAAGUCCACAUAAUAAUGAAUAAAUGGGCUUGCAGGUGUGGGUAAAAGAGGGCCACAUGCCCCAGAUCACCCCUCCACAGGAAGCAGAAAAAAUAAAUCAUCAAAACAGACGAUACAAGUACACCCUUAGUGCUUACAUAGGAAUUAAGUACCAGCCAGGUGCUGCUAAUCAAAUGCAUUUGAUUAACCGAAAUAUCAGCAAUUGUGGCCACCUCCAUAAAAGCAGAGGUUCUGGCAGUUUGCUGGUGUGAAGCAUUCAGGUGUGUUUUAAUGCAAUGCCAAAGAGGAAAAACAUCAGAAAUGAUAUUACAGAAGCAAUUGUGCUGCCCAUCAAUCUGGGAAGGGUUAGAAGGCCAUUUCCAAUUCAUCAUUCUACAGUGAGAAAAAUUAUUCACCAAUGCAAAACAUUCAAGACAGCUGCCAGUCUUCCCAAAAGUGGACAUCCCAGCAAAUUCACCCCAAGGUCAGAAAUAAUAUGCAGUGAAAUUGCAAAAAAACCCCAAGAGCUACAUCUCAGACAGAACAGGCCUCAGUUAGAAAUAUUGAAUGUUACAUUUUAUGAAGGUAAAGUUAGACAAACACAAGAAAUGUGUCUGUUUGGAAUGCUUACUAAGAAAAAGCCUCUCCCAAAAGAAGAUGGGAGCACAGCUUGGAUUUACAUAGUUGGAUCUCGACAAACCAUAAAACUUUGGAAUUAGAAGAAUUAUGAAUUAUGUACUAUGGACAAAAUGCAUCAUACUACAGCUGAUGAAAACCAAUCACAGGAUAUAAGCAAAAACACCUCAUACCAAAUGUGAAGCGCUGUGGUGAAGGAGUAGGUUUGUUUUGCAGCCACAGGACCUGAGCACAUGCAGUCAUGAAGCUGACCAUGACCUCUUUUGUUUACCUGCAUUGAAGAUUCAAAUGUGAAGCCACCUGACAGGGAAAUUAUGUUAUACAACAGGAAAAUGAUCUCAAGCACAGAUGCUGCAAUGAGACCUUGAGUGCAUAAACAAAGACCUCCAAACCUCAAUGAACGAAAGCAAUGUUAGAACAAAAAGUGGACCAAAAUUGCUUUAAAAUCAUGUGAGAGACCAAUAAAGUCAUAUAUAAAAGCAAUAAGAAACCACCAUGAGCUAUGGGGGAGUUCACACACUUAUCUAGAGUGUAAUUUAUUAGCAAAAAACAAAUAUUAAAAGCAAACAAACAACUGAUCGAGUAGUUUUUUUCUAUUUAAAUGUGAAUUUUUAAUUUAAAAGCUCCUUAAAUUUACAUGGAAUCUCUUGACACUUUAAGACAUUAUGUAUUUUAUAUUUUUUUUUUUCUUCAGUGAAUAUUAACUUCAACCUUGCUUUACAUGCAGCAGUAAUAGCGUUAAUUAUAACAAUGUUUGAAAUAAGUAUGAUGACAGUUCUUGUGAUUUCGAGAGUCUGCCUCUGUGUGUGUAACUGUGCUACUGCUAUAGAUAAUGAAUGUGCAUAUGUUGAUUCCUGCAGUGACUACUGUUCCUCUGCCAAUAAAAGCGAUCACAGGCUGCUACGCACGGACUGGAACCAAUAAGUGUUUUAAUGUUAGUUUUACUUGACUUGUUUAUGAGGCUCAUUUUUAAAUCAGUGAUCAUGUACAGAAACAAUCAUCUCAAAGAUGGACAGAUUAGAACAGGAUCUGAAAAGGAUCUUUUUUUUUCUUUUUUUUAACAAAAGCACUGACCUCUUUUCCUUUGAGACGUAUCAUCUGUUUACUAUUAUAUAAACUAUAAUGAUCCCAGAUACCCACUCAGCAGCAGCAGCAGCAGCAGUUCCUGUGCUACUAUAUGGAACAGCUUGCAGAGCUGGUGAUCAAGCAUCGUGAUUAAGCACCAACUGCGAGGAAACUCUCCGUGCAUUCAGUCCAAUUCAGCUCACUGAUUACACUCAUCAGGGCCCCGUAUGCUGCAGGGUUUUGAAAGAGCACCAACUGCUGUUUGAAAUACAGAUUUUUGUCAAAAUUAUUUAAUUAUCAGACAUAUGGGCUGCAAUAAAAAGAGUGCUGCUUUAAAAAACAGAGAAGUUGGGCAAAUUGGUACAUCAAAUAAAAUAACACACUUCUACAUCGACCUCUCUGCAUUCUGUCUGUAAAAUUAUUUUUCUAUUUAAGUGUCAGUUGAGUUUACAGGUAGCUGGCUUGCUUGCAGUACCAUUCAGGGCCUGUGGGUGUCGCUGUGGAACACCACACAACACAAAGUGUAGACGAAGGAAUCGGUUUCAUAACAAAACGUCACAUCCUCUGACCGCUAACAAAGGGGAUUGGUGUUAGGAAUUUGCAUCAAUGCUGCGUUCGAUCGCGACAUUCCUGUGCCUCCGGUGCCAACCUGUCACAGCUCUACCUUUAAACCUCAGAUCACGUGCGACACAUAGUGUAGCAGAGAACCAGCAGACUGUAGAAGCUCUUUAUGAUCUAUCUGUGGACAUCCAGAAGGUCCGGAAACUUAAAGGAUGGGUGCUGCUUCAGAGUCCAGCCUAUACAAAAGAAGUAGCUGAACUCCUAAAGAACAUGGGGGCCUCGGGCCCCAUCAUUGCUCAUAUUUUAACAAGUCAUCCUGAGGCUGUCCUCUGUAAUCCUGAGCAGAUUUACACUCAGAAAGAGCUGUGGAUGUCUGUGUGUCCAAACCAGAGGGAGCUGGUUGGUGUCAUUGAGAAAUUCCCAGCCUCAUUUUUCACCUCCUCCAGUCACCAUGACAACCAGCGAAACAACAUCUCCUACUUCCAGAGUUUAAACCUGAACAAACGAGUCAUCACCAAACUCAUGGCCAGCGCUCCUCAAAGCUUCAGCCGGCCAGUAGAGCAGAACGAGCUGAUGGUCCACACUCUCCAACAUGCCUACCAGGAACUUGGAGGGGAGGAAGCUAACAUGAAAAUCUGGCUUCAGAAGUUGCUGAGUCAGAACCCGUUUGUUCUUCUCAAGCCUCCAGAGGUGCUGAGGGAGAACUUCCUUUUUCUGAGAGACAAGGGCUUCAGCACACCCCAGCUGCUCCACCUGCUGUCCAGGCUGAAGGGCUUUGUGGCUGAGCUGAACCCAGACAGUAUGCGUCACACUCUGCUGUACUCUCAAGACACCAUUGGGUGCUCUGAGACAGAGCUGCGGGGCAUCAUCCUCAGGUGCCCAGCUCUUCUGUACUACCCUGAAUCUACUCUGGCUGAACGUUUUGAGGGUCUUCUCAGUGCUGGGAUCAGCAUGUGUCAAAUCACAGCGACUCCAACUGUCCUAGAACUAACUACGCAAAUAGUAAAUUAUCGCAUCCAGCAACUGAAGGCUCGAGGUUAUGACAUAAGGACAGGUAGUCUGGAGGUGCUAAAUGGCACUAAGAAGGACUUUGAGAUGAGCUUUGGAAAACUACAGCUCCGUAGGGAGAGACCACUUUUUAAUCCUGUCGCCCCUUUAAAGGCGGAUGAUUGACACGGGUUGUAUGGACGAACACUAACUGGAUCCAUGUCGUUCUUAUGGGUAUUUGUACUUUGUAAAAGAUUAACGUGUCUUAAUUACAAAUGUGCUUUCACUUCCACUUACAUUAUAAUCAUAUGUUUGAAUUUAUUGCUUUAGUUAAAUUGGAUUAACUACAAUGAUGCCAUUUAAUCUGUACAGUGAAUUUUGCCUGUGAAGAUGCCUUAAAUUUGAAUCUGAAUACUCUGGAAAACAAUCUAUUAAAGACUUGCUUCAUAAUUUA